AGGAACUAAUAAUCUCCAUGCUGUCAACUACCCUUCGAUCUGGGAAAUAACUCAGACAAAUGUCACAUGUUUAAGUCAUCAUCGUCCCUGUCAAAACCCCAUUGGCUAGCAUUAAACAAAAAGGAGGUCUCACCACGAGAAAGACAGUUCUUCAAAUCACCUGUGACUGAGCUUCGAUGUUUUUUGAUUUUUCAUACACUGUUCCCCAUUUCUUCAGUUGCGUUUCCCAGGUGACCCUUCUACGAAAUCAGGAGCUAUUUGCAGCCCUGCAAUCAAGCUAGAUUGAAUCAACAAUGUCUGCUUAUGGACAUCAAAUGGAGCGAGAGUUCUCCGGCCAGAGCCUCUUAAGUUCGGGUGACAGUGGAACGGAGAUCGGAAGCCGUUACAACAUUGAGUCAGGAUUCUACAUGACAUCUUAUGCUGCAACAAUCUUCAUUGCUGGUCUUCUAGUCACUGGGGUUCUAUUAGUAACAAUGGUGGUUUCAUUAGCAGUAAUGUUGCAAUCAUGUGAGAGUCGGAGCAAGGGGAUGGUCAAGAUCGAGAAAGAACGCGACAGUCACCGUUACUGCCAGAUUCUCACUCUGCACGGGGAACUCAAUGGGUUUAAACCUGAUGAAGUUCCUCCCUUCUGCAGGAGUCUCGCCAUUAGACAUAUCAAAGCAGGAGGGUACGCAAGAGACUUGGACUUCGCAAUGCGGAUGAUCGAUAGCUUUUUCGAUUCCAUUUUGCCAUUGAACAAUAGUGUGGAUGCGGUGUUAAUGGACAUUGAUGACAUUCUUGUUUUGGAUCCUCAGUCGAACAAACCAAGCUGCGGCAUCGAAGGAGCAAUGUACCUAAAGCAACGACGGACACUCAAAUUGUAUAUGAAACUGCAUUCGAGAGGAUGGUCUUUGAUUCUGUUAUCAAGGAAGCCUGAGAGACAACGAAAUUUUACCAUUGAGAACCUUAAUUCUAUAGGAUAUAGAAAUUGGUCUUCUUUGAUUAUGAGGUCGAAUCAAGAAACCGAAACGAACACAAGCGAGUAUUUCUCUAGACGAAGAAAAGCAUUGAAGGAAGAAGGGAAAGAAAUAAUCAGUGUAAUUAGCAGUCAAAUGGAUGCUUUAACAUGCUGGUCUCUGGGAAUUCGUGUGUUUAAGCUUCCAAAGGUACCACAGUUUGAUAAUCACCUUGAAAACUGCAGAUUUUCGCGGUAGAUUAUGUGUUCUUUUUCUUUGUAUAGUGAUAUUCGUAUGCAAAUAUGAUGAGUUUCGACAAAAUUUGAUAUUCAUAUUUCGAAUUA